GAUGGAUAUAAAUAGCAUCUGUGACCGUUGUAAGAUCAGUACAAACUCAACAACACAGCGUAAAACAACAGUUUCAAAGAAACAACAACAACUUCAACUGCUAUUUUUGUAAAUCUCAAGCCUAGAAAUGCGUGGAUUCAUUGUUAUGUGUUUGUGUGCCGUAGCCUUGGCUGCUCCCCAGGGUUAUAACUACAAUGCCCAAGGUGUUAGUGGUGGCAACGUUUUUCAACAACACGGCAAUUUUGGUUCAAACUUUGGAGGCUCUUCAAUUGGCUCAGUAGCUGGAGGUUUCCUUCAAGGUGGCCAUGCUGUGGCUCAACAAUCUCAAUCCUUUGCCGGUCAUCAACAAGUUCAACAACAUCACCAACAACAGGCUAUUGUUUCCAAACGUUUCUUCAUUCACUCCGCCCCGGAGGAUGUAGAAGAAGAUACACAGGAGAAACACAUUACCAUUGGUGUACCCAAAAAGAACUACAAUGUUGUGUUCAUUAAGUCGCCAUCCAAAUCGACUAAGAAGACUUCAAUCAAAAUUAGCCCCGCUCCCACCGAAGAGAAGACCGUCAUUUAUGUGCUCAACAAGAAAACCGAUGCAUCCGACAUUCAAGCCGAAGUUGUUGAACAUCCUACCACCACAGCCAAACCUGAGGUAUUCUUCAUCAAGUACAAGACCAACGAAGAAGCUGCUCAUGCCCAGGAACAAAUCCAAGCUCAAUAUGAUGCUUUGGGUGGCAGUUCCCAGGUCAGUGAUGAAGGUGUUGCCCCUGUUAGCUCAGUCAUUGGUGCCUUGGGUAAUGCUGCUGCUGGUGGUGAUAUCAACUCCGGUGUCAAUACUGGUUCCGUUGCCAUUGGAGGCGUUCAGUCAGCUGGCGGUAACUUUGCUGGUGUCUCUGCUGGUCAUGCUGGUGUCCAACAAACAAAUAGCAAUGCCUAUUUGCCACCAAAUUUCUACUAAAUUUCAAAAUUUAGUUAGUUGAAAUUUUGUAGUCUAAUU